AUGUCAAAUACACAACAAGAAAGCUUAUUUUUAAAGGUUUAUCAGAGUGCUGAUCAUCAGAUUGAAGACCAAAGUGCAGAGGACCCAUUCCCAGCUUAUUUAGAUGAUAUUGAUACCACACUUGCACCCUUUUGUCCAACUUCUGCUCAGCGUGUAUUAAAAGCACUCGGUAUGGCUCGUGUGGGAUCUCAAGACAUACUUGUCGAUCUAGGUUCUGGCGAUGGUCGUUUUGUUACAGCUGCUGUAUCAGAAUUCAAGGCUUUAAGAGCAGUUGGUAUUGAAUCCGAUAAUGAAUUAGUAGAAACGUCAAAAACACUAGCAAAUCAAGUCUUGUCCUCAGAGAAUAGUGGAAGGGUCUCCUUUAUUUUAGGCGAUUUAUUAGACUUACCAAAGAUAGUUCAUGAUACAGACUGGACAGUCAUUGUUUUGUUCCUUUUGCCCGAUCAUACGGACAAAUUUUCAGAUAUGCUAUUACAGCAUUAUCGUAAAGGAGCUCGUAUUGUCAGUUUGGUUUUUAAUCUCAAUGAAAUACCAGAGUUAAAGCUGAUAGCGUCAGAUGAAUCAGAUGGGAUCUACGUGUAUGGCCAACAGUAA